GGCCAAGAUGCAAAAGACGGCGGCAUGCUGGCGGACGAACCCCAGCCAGGAAACGGCAAGGGCCUCGUGUUUGAAGAAGCCGAGUCAGAGGAGGAGGAGGAGGAGGUGCGCGAUCACACGGAGGGGAAGGGGUCUCGCUCGCGAAGCAGAAGGAGCUGGAUCUGGAACCAGUUCUUCGUGAUUGAAGAAUACGCCGGGCCUGAACCUGUGCUCAUCGGACGGCUCCACACCGACAUGGACAGGAAUGAUGGACGCACCAAGUAUGUGCUGCGAGGCGAGGGGGCGGGCUCCGUCUUCGUGAUCGAUGAGAAGACGGGCAACAUCCACGUCACCAAGCCGCUGGACCGUGAGGAGAAGGACGAGUACCGCCUCAUCGCCACGGCCACCGACCGGCAGACAGAGCGCGCCCUGGAGCCGUCGUCACAGUUCAUCAUUCGGGUGCAGGACAUCAACGACAACCCGCCCGUCUUUGACGAGGGCCCCUACAGCGCCACCGUACCGGAGAUGGCCAAUAUUGGCACGUCUAUAAUCCAGGUGACAGCAACAGAUGCGGACGACCCGACUUACGGGAACAGCGCCAGGCUAGUGUACACACUGGUACAGGGCCAGCAGUACUUCUCUGUGGAUCCCCAGACAGGGAUCCUGCGCACGGCGGUGCCCGACAUGGACAGGGAGACCCAGGACCAAUACCUGGUGGUGCUCCAGGCCAAGGACAUGGGCGGCCACCUGGGCGGUCUGUCUGGGACCACCACCGUCACCGUGAUGCUCACCGACGUCAACGACAACCCCCCGCGCUUCACCCAGAGCAUGUGGUCGUUCUCGGUGUCGGAGCUGGCCAUCCCGGGGGCCGAGGUGGGCCGCAUCUCGGCGAGCGACGCCGACCUCGGCGACAACGCCAAGCUGGAAUAUACCAUCCUGGAGGGGGAGACGGGGGACACGUUCAACAUCACCGGAGUCAACCAAGAGGCGGUCAUCACGCUCAACAAGGCUGUCGACUAUGAGAGCCGGAGCUCCUACUCUUUCUCUGUGGAGGUGCUCAACCCCAUCGUGGACCCUCGCUUCCUGCGCCGGGGCCCCUUCAAAGACCGGGCCUCCAUCAGGGUGGCGGUGCUGGAUGCGGAUGAGCCGCCGAGGUUCUCCCGGGCCCGUUACCACAUGGACGUGUCGGAGAACUGCCCGCCGGCCUGCACCGUGGGCCGGGUCAGCGCCGUAGACCCAGACACCGGUCUGACCAAUAAUAUCAGGUUCUCCAUUGACCCUCAGUCGGACCCAGAGGCUUUAUUUCGCAUCACCCCGGACAGCGGCCUCAUCACCACCGCCCUGGAACUGGACCGUGAACGCGAGCAUUGGCACAACAUCACUGUCAUCGCCACCCAGAGAGAUAACCCCAGUCAGGUGUCCAGGGUCCUGGUGGCGAUAGAGACGUUAGACCUGAAUGACAACGCGCCCGAGCUGGACAGGCAGUACACCACCGCCAUGUGCGACUCCUCCUCCUCUGGACAGGUGGUGCAGGUGUUGCGGGCGAUUGAUAGAGAUGAGGGAGGGAAUGACAGCGCUGUGUAUUUCAGCAUCCCUCCGGAGUCCAGUGCUGCCCUCAACUUCAGCGUCAGAGACAGUGGUGGCCCCACAGCGAGCCUGGUGCUGCUGUCCCAGCUCCAGCCAUUGUCCCGCUCCGCCUCCUCCACCCUGACCCUGUACGUGCCGCUGAUCCUCAGAGACGGGACAUCGGGCCUCACCAGCACCGGGACGGUCACCGUGUCUAUCUGUCCCUGCCUCAGAGGAGGGGCACGGGCCGGGGAGAAAGAGAAAGACAAACAGACGGAGGGCGAGUGGGACUGGGAGAGAGAGACGGUGUGUCUCCCCCAGCAGUCCACGCUGCCUUCUCCGGGGCUCAGCACUGCCGCCCUGCUGGCCAUCCUGGCAUGUGUGGCCACUCUACUGGCGGUGAGUGCCCUGUCGCUGUCGCUGCGCCGCCAGAAACGUGACUCCCUGUCUCCACUCGAGGAGGACGACGUGCGCGAGAACAUCAUAACCUACGACGACGAGGGCGGGGGCGAGGCGGACACGGCAGCCUUUGACAUAGCUGCGCUCCAGAGUGCGCCCCACAGCUCGCGCGCACGGGGCUACCGCACCCUGGACAGCAGGAAUAUACGCUACACCCAUCAUGCCCAGGACAAAGCUCGCACCUACAGCUGGGCCCAGAAUCCAGGCGUGGAUCCCAACUACUCGGGACAAGGGGGACCCCUCUAUGGUCGCCUCUGUUACAGCAGCCACACGCUGCCUGUUCUCCGGCGCAACCCGGGGGGCCCGUUCGAGGCGGGCCUGACCGAGCUGGGCUACCGCUUCCCCGGAGGCCAGCCGGACCACUCGCUGGUCAUCCAGAACCAAGGAGCCAUGGUCGGCCCGAUGGAGUCCGGGGCCGUGUACAUAAGCCCCGCGGAUCUGAGCACGGGGAGCCGAACGGGCAGCCGCACGGGCAGCCGCGACGGGACCGCUCCCCAGAGCGGGGUGAGCACGUCAGAUGGGGGGACGCCAAGGACCAGCGACAGCCAGGAGAGAGGAGGUGGGACGGGAACGGCAAGCAACUGCACGGAGGGCAGCGGUGAAGACAAGCUCAACCACAGUCAAGAUGUGGACUGGUUCCGUUGUUCCAGCCGCAGUGCUGAUUGGCUCCAGGUGUUUCAUCUCUGCUGAUUGGUCUAAGUCAGAGUUCUGCCUCGGCUGAUUGGUCGAAAUCAAAGCAAUGAUUCUCCUGAUUUUGGAGUUUUGGAGUGCCGCAGUGACUAAACCACUUGACAGAGCUGAUUAUCCCACCUCCUGCGCCCGCCAAAUUGGUUCAAUCAAAAGCUUGAUUAGUUGAAUCAGUUGUUUUAAAUAGACUAAAGGCCUACAGUUGCAACGGCUCUCGAGAUCCAAAGCUCAUUUUCACUCUGUUGGCAAGAAUAGAUGCACCGACUCACAGUGACAGAUGAAAGUGGAGCUGUCAGGCUAUUUGUCAACCCCUUUGUCAAAAAAAAAAAGGCUGUAUACUGAGUUAAAUGAGGUCACACUCAAAAGAAAACAGAAGCUGUCUUUGCUUCUAUCUCCCAUGUACAGUAGAUGUGACAUCUGUCAAGCUAAAGGGUGAACGUCAAAGUUGCAACCUCUAGUCUUAAAAGUCCUCUUGACCUCCAACAGCAACAGUAGCCCCCCACUGGUUCUGCACCCCUCGGGAUUUCAUCGCCCCUGCACGAUGUUGAUACAAUUCCACGAUGGUGUGCUGAACCGUGUAUUUAUUUCUGUUGUACUUUUUCUUUUUGUAAAUUUGAAUAAAAAAGGCAAUGUUUCAAAGAGAA